AUGAGCGUCCUUCUCGAAACGUCUCUGGGCGACAUUGUGAUCGACCUUCACACGGACCUUGCGCCGCGCUCUUGCACCAACUUCCUCAAGCUAUGCUCGAAGCAUUUCUACAAGCUCAACGCGUUCUUCCGAGUCGAGAAGGACUUUCUGGCGCAAACGGGUGAUCCUUCCAACACAGGCAAAGGCGGAGCAAGCAUCUGGUCGCAGCUGCCAUCCAACUCACAGGACCGGUCGACGAACACAUACUUUCAUCCAGAGACGAUAGGCGAUCAGUUGCAACAUACCAAGAAGGGCACAGUGUCGUUUGCGUGCUUCCGCAAGCAGGUAAAGCGCUCGGAUGCGGAUGGAGAGGAUGAGACGGCAGAACUAGUUGCAGGAUCACAAUUCUUCAUCACGCUCAAGGACGAGAUUGACUACCUCGAUGGCAAGCACGCGCCGUUCGGCAUCGUUGUAGAAGGCCAAGAGCCAGGUGGAACACUGGACAAGAUCAACGAGGCGUUCACUGACGACCAAAAGCGACCGCUCAAGGACAUCCGCAUCCGCCAUGUCGUGGUGCUCGAAGACCCCUUCAGGGACCCGGAUGCCUUUGUCCCACCCUCACGCUCCCCCUCGCCAACCCCGUCACAGAUCCGCGCGCUCCGGCUGGCCGACGACGAAGACCUCAUCGAUGACCGUGACGACACCACCAAGGAAGAAUCUCGCCGCAACGCCGACACCAACGCAGCCGCGCUAACACUCGAAAUGGUCGGCGAUCUGCCCUUCGCCGAAAUCCGUCCACCCGAAAACAUCCUCUUCGUGUGCAAGCUCAACCCGGUCACCCGCAGCGACGACUUGGAACUCAUCUUUUCGCGCUUCGGCAAGAUCCUCUCGUGCGAAGUGAUCAAGGACAAGAAGACGGGCGAUUCGCUGCAGUAUGCGUUUAUCGAGUUUGAUCAGAAGGACGAUGCCGAGCGGGCGUAUUUCAAGAUGCAGAACGUGCUGGUGGACGAUCGACGGAUUUGGGUGGAUUUCUCGCAGAGCGUGAGUCGACUGCAUGGGGAUUGGGUGAAGAAGAGGAAUGGCGGGAGGGACGCGCCGAAGGGUCAUUAUGGAUGGGGCGGGGAGAGGUCGAAUGGUGCGGGCGGUACAGGGAGCGUGGAUUCGUAUCGACCAAGGGAGGAUACCGCUCCUUCACAUCGAAGAAGGAGUGUGGCAGGCAAUGCGAUCACAAUGAACGCCUCGCCCCAUUCCAAACCGAGCGCUUUGGCGCCUCCACCAUCACCGGGUGCAGGCGGCCCUGGCCCAUCGCGUCGCAACAGUACCUACACAGCCAAUGCCGGUGCAGAGGACGACGAGGCGCUCGACGAGAUCCGCAGAUACGAGUCCUUCUCCACCGUCGAUUGGGUCGUCGACAACACGCGCGAGCGCAACAGGAUAGCCCGCGAACGACAAGCUGCAUCCGCCCACUUCGUCUUGUCUUCUUCCAGCAACGCGCAUCUCGCCAAUGGAUCGACACACGCAAACUCGGACGCUGCUUGGGGUCGCUCCGGUUUCGGCAGGGGUGGAGUGCCGCCUCGUUGGUGGCCCAAAGGCCCGUGGGGGAGAAGAGCCUGGCUCGUAUGGGGCAUCCUCAAGACCGCUCUCUCGGCAUUCGCGGAUAGCGGUCUGAUCGUGCUCGUCGGCAUCCUCAUCGGCAUCAACAUGGGCGUCAUCAGCUUGGCGACCGAAUGGGCAUCGGAUCUCAAGCAGGGCUACUGCAGCUCUGGUUGGUGGCUGAACCAGAAGUUCUGCUGCUGGGAGAUGAUGGACCAAGCAGGUCCUGGCGGUGCUCCUCUGCCAGCUGCAGCAAAGGCGUUGGCAACGGCGACUGUGACCGUGACUGCUUCGUUGAGUGGUCCCACCCCAACCGACGCUGCAGAAGCUGCAGCGAGUGUCACUGCCGCCGUAAGGAGGGCCGUCUUCGAUUCACACUCGUACGGGGCGGUUGCGGACACGGCCUACAACCUCUCAAUACGCGCCAUCCCAGAUCAUACUCUGUGGGCACGGUCCGCUCACGAAGUCCUUCACGACGGCUUCGGGACUGGCUUGCGGCUACUAGCUCGGGCUGAGGGCGCUGCUGACGGUGCAGCGGACCUCAGCGAAACAUGUACAGACUGGGUGCCAUGGUCGAAAUGGGCAGUGCCAGCCUACAUCAUCUACAUCCUCUUUGCCGGCAUCCUCUCGUUCCUCUGCGCACAUCUCGUCAAGGCGUUCGCACCCUACGCAGCAGGCAGUGGUAUCUCAGAGAUCAAGUGCAUUCUCGCUGGCUUCGUCAUCAACGGCUAUCUCGGCUUUUGGACGCUAGCGAUCAAGAGUCUCACGCUGCCAUUAGCGAUCGCAUCUGGCCUCAGCGUCGGGAAGGAAGGUCCUGCGGUCCACGUGGCGUGCUGCAUCGGCAAUGUGGUAGCAAGCUUCUUCCGCUCGUUCAACCGCAGUCAGGCCAAGAUGCGCGAACUGCUCACGGCCUCUUCGGCGGCAGGCGUCGCCGUCGCCUUCGGCUCUCCCAUCGGUGGAGUGCUCUUCUCGCUCGAAGAGAUGGCGUACAACUUUCCCGCUUCCACCAUGUGGCGCUCCUUCCUCUGUGCGCUGGCAGCCACCGUGACGCUCUCGUUCAUGAACCCCUUUCGCACGGGCAAGCUCGUUCUGUUCCAGGUCUCAUACGAUCGAGACUGGCACUACUUUGAGAUCAUCUUUUACAUUCUCAUCGGCAUCUUUGGCGGUCUGUACGGCGCUUUUGUCAUCAAGUACAAUCUGCAGGUGCAGUCGUUCCGACGUAGCUACCUGGCCAAGCACGGCGUCAGCGAAGCGGUGGUGCUUGCGGUGCUGACGGCGGUGAUUGGGUAUACGAACAAGUUUCUGCGCAUCGACAUGACGGAAUCGCUCGAGAUUCUCUUCAGAGAAUGCGAGGGCGGGGGCGAUUACGACAACCUGUGCAAGACGUGGGCGCAAUGGCGCAUGGUCAACUCGCUUCUGCUCGCUACGGUGCUCCGAACGGCCCUCGUCAUCGUCUCCUACGGCUGCAAGGUUCCUGCGGGCAUCUUUGUCCCCUCGAUGGCCAUCGGUGCCACCUUUGGCCGUAUGUUCGGCAUCCUCGUCAAGGCGCUGCACAACGCCUAUCCGCACUGGUCGCUCUUCUCAGCCUGCCAGCCGGACGUGCCCUGCAUCACCCCGGGCACGUACGCCUUCCUCGGCGCCGCAGCCGCCCUCGCCGGCGUCACCCGCAUCACCGUCUCCGUCGUCGUCAUCAUGUUCGAACUCACCGGCGCACUCACCUACAUCUUGCCCACCAUGAUCGUCGUCGGCAUCACCAAGGGCAUCGCCGACUGGUUUUCGCGCGGAGGCAUUGCCGAGCAGAUGAUCAAGUUCUCCGGCUAUCCAUUCCUCGAUAAGGACGACCACAACUUUGGGGUGCCCGUGGCGGAUGUGAUGCAUGCGAAUCCGACGGUGCUGUAUGCAGACGGGAUGAAGCUCGGCGAGCUGGAGGCGAGGAUGAGCGAGGGCUCGUAUAAGGGAUUCCCGGUGGUGCAGGGGAAGGAGGAUGCGAUGCUGCUCGGGUACGUCGGGAAGGUGGAGUUGCGGUAUGCGAUUGGCAAGGCGAGGCGGGCGCGUGCGCUGGGUGCGGAUACGACGUGCGUGUUCAGUGUCGGGCCGAACGCCACUCAAGGGCCCGGCAGUGUGGGCGGAAGAGGUGCGCCGCAGCAGGACCUUCUCAACGUGUCAUCGAUCCCUACGACCGCAGCUGCAGACCGUGCCGUACGGGAAGACAUGCUCAAUCGCUUUAGCAGCGCCACCACUCUUGGCGUCAGCAGCACAACCACCUCCGGCGGCGCGGGCGCCCGACGCUCCUCCCUCCGUCGACACGAAGCCGAAUCCCUCAUGACCACUCUCGACGACGACGCGAGCGACGCAGAGGACGACCCGGACGCCGACCCGAUCCUCGGCCCCGCCGGUGGCGGCAUCGACGGAGAAGGCGAAUCCGACCUCCUCGAGCUCGCGGGCUGGAUCGACCCCACCCCACUCCUCGUUCAACCAGGCAUGGCGCUCGAGACCGUCAUGGACAUGUUCAAGAACCUCGGACCGCGCGUCAUCCUCGUGGUCGAAUACGGCAAGCUGUCGGGGUUGGUGACGGUGAAAGAUGUGUUGAAGCGGAUCGCGCUGGAGGAGAGGUCGGAGGCUGUUGCGCGAUCGGCUGCUGCUGGAUUGCCGAGUGGAGCAACCAGCGAGCCGAGUGCGAGUGGCGAACUGGAGCUGCUGUUGAAGGAGGCGUACGAGUGGGUGGCGGAUCGAUGGGCGACCGUGGCGCCUCAUGUGGAACGACUAGGGGAUAGGUUCGGGCGACGACAGAGGGCGAGCGGACAACAGCAAGCGGGAGAGGGGAGGUACGGUAGAGUGAGACAGGAUGCGGGAGAGAUGUACGACGAGUCGGGACCCGCACUGAGUCCGACGGAUGAUCUGCCGUUGCGCGCGUCGCUGAGCCGCAACGGCUCGCAGCAGAGACUCAAGAAGACGGGGCGCGAACAGGAGCAGUUUGUGCUCGGGGAGGAGGACGAGUGA